ACACCUGCAAUUGAGCAUAAGGAAGGCCAUAUGGAACUGUGGCCUGACCAACAGUUUGAUGAUACUACAUUUGAAAGUGAAGAUGAUAUUGAAUGGAUUAUAAUGAGAGUGAAGAACAAUCUAAGCGGCCUAGGGGUCCCCUAUGAUUGAUGGGGAAAAGACGGUGACAAUUUACAUGUUGAAUUGAAUGAUCGUGGACAAGAAAAUACUGAUGCAAUUGAUGAUAUGAGACGCAUUUUGAUGAUGUCAGUUGGAUCUAAAUGGAAAGAGUGGAAGCAUGAAGCAAAAAGUAGUGGCUAUGACCCGUAUAAUACUGAUAUUGAGCGCUUAGCUCAUCGUCCAAAGAGGGUUGCAGAAGAUCAGUGGCGUUCAUUAGUUCAUUAUUGGAGUUCAAAAGAAGCAAAGAUGACAAAAGAGAAUACUGGUGUAAAGCCAACUCGUAUUGAGGUGUGGAAAAAAACUCACACUAGAGAGAAUAAACAACCAAUAAAUGACAUAGCCGGUGAAGUUAUGAAACAAAUGGAUGAUCUUGCUGAGGUGUAUCCCGAGUUAAAUGUCCCUGGAAGUGCUCGCAAUGAUAUAUAUUCACAAAUAAUGGGACCAGACACUCAUGGGAUUUUGGAGCAACGAGAUUUUGAUGCAAGGGUUGAGAUAGAAGUUCAAAAAGCUACCGUAGCAAUCCAAAUUGAUAUGGAUAAAAAGUUGGCUGAAGCAAAACAAAAUAUGGAAGCAAAAAUGGAUGAAAGAAUGGAUGAAAAGGUGAAGGAAAAAGUGAAGGCUAAGAUGCAAGCAUAUGUACAGAGUAUCGGUUUUAUGAAUGGCUCAAACAGUAAAUCAAUCAGCAAUGAAGAGCUUUCCCAUAACUCAGUUGAAGACCGCCAACAAUCAUUAUCUCCUGUUUCAGUUGUUCCAACAAAAAAGGUGUUGUCAUCUCGUGUUUAA